AUUGUGUUAGUUUUUAAGGUUGUAGGUUGCGUGUGGGGGCGUAGUGGCAGAUGCGAUUGAGAGGAGUAAUUUCAUGCCGCCGGAGCCAUUGUCUUGGGAUCGGAAGGAUUUCUUCAAGGAGAGGAAGCACGAGAGGUCUUCGGACUCCGUAGGGAUCGUUUCCAGAUGGAGAGAGUCUUCGCACCAUGGCCCCUCUCGCUGGGGAUCCAACGAAUUCAACAGACCGACUGGUCAUGGUAAGCAGGGUGGCUGGUACCUGUAUUCUGAAGAACCUAGACAUCGGUUGCUGCCGGCUCCGUCCAACAACAAGAAUCUGGAAGAUGACCGGCCAUCUGGGCCUUGUGGGGAUGGAAAAUAUGGCACAAAUUGGAGGGAUAGGAGGGAGUCCUUUAGCCAGAAGGAAUGGAAAGGUCAAUAUUGGGAAAAUCCUGCAUCUCCGCUUGGUCUGGAGUCUCUGGACAGGCCGUCUGCUGUGAAUGAUCAGAGGUCAGUGGACAACAGCUUUCAUCCUCCUCAUUCUAGCUUUGUAAACUCAUGGGAUCAGCAAAACCUUAAAGAACAGCAUGAUAAGAAUGGUGGUGUCAAUGGCUUGGGCACAGGCCAGAGAUUUGAGAGAGAGGACUCUCUGGGUUCGAUUGGUUGGAAGCAUUUGAAAUGGACCCGUUCUGGAAGCUUGUCCUCGCGGGGUUCUGGUUUCAGCCAUUCAAGUAGUCCCAAGAGCGUGGGAGUGGAUUCCAGUGAAACAAAGGCUGAGGUAAAGCUCGGGAAUGUCACACCAAUAUUGUCUCCGUCCGGUGAUGCUGCUGCCUCUGUGACAUCUGCCGCUCCAGCCGAAGAGACAAGUUCUCGGAAGAAGCCACGUCUUGGAUGGGGUGAGGGGUUGGCAAAGUAUGAGAAGAAGAAAGUUGAAGUCCCUGUUGAUGAGGCAAUCAAAAAUGGUGUGGUCACUAGCAGUAAUACAGAGCCUGUGUACACUCAAGUCUCAAAUCUGGCUGAUAAAAGCCCCAGAGCGUCAGGUUUUUCAGACUGUGCAUCUCCUGCUUCUUCUUCCUCAGUUGCGUGCAGUUCCUUGCCAGGUAAAAUGCACAGUUUAGUUUAGUGUUUUUUCCCAAGAUGAAUUGUUCUCCUUGCAUGGUUGGAAUUAUCCACAGCAUUCAAAGUUCUAACAGGACCUGAGUUUCCUG